AUGGCGGACAUCCGGCAGCAGCGUUUGCUGCCCGACCUGAUCAGCUACACCACUCUGAUCAAGGCCCACGGCCGCACGGCGCAGGCGGCCGGCGCGCUGCGGGCCGCGAGCUCUGCGGAGCAGGAUGGCAUUCGCCUGGAUGUCGCGUUCUUCUCUACACUGCUCUACGUGCUCGCGCGUGCCGGCAGAGUGACGGAGUGCGAGCGCUUCAUUGAUUCAAUGCCGGCUCGGAAUGUGAUGCCAGAUACAUCUUGCUUCAGCUCCGUGAUCCAUGCCUGCGCCAAGGCAGGCAAGCCCGGACGCGCAGAGCAUUGGCUGCAGCAGGCAGAUGCUCACGGACUGGCGACUGACGCGGCCAGUGCGGCCGUGCUGCGUGCACACGCGCGGGCCGGCGACGUGCAGCGAGCAGAGGCCAGCAGCUUUGCCAGGGUCUGCGUGACCUGCCUGAGGAUGGUGACGCCAGAGUGGCGCCAGAAAUGGAUAGAGGCAGUCGCCAAGAUCCGCAGCGACGUGGGCUAUGAGCAGAGUGCUCAACAAUUGCGCGACUUGCAGAAGACGGGGCUUCUGAAGUUGACGGAUCUCAAGAACGCGCCUGCAAAGUUCUUCGAGGCUCACCGCCUGCUGGCGCGGCAUGCGCCCAACCUGGGGCCGGGGUUUUGGAUCCGGUUCACGGUCCACUACAACCUCUUCGCGGGCUCCGUGCUGGCUGUUGGCACAGAGCAGCAGGUGAAGCAACUGGACGAGAUCCAGCAGAAGGGCCUUCUGGGAUCCUUUGGCCUUACCGAGAAGCUCGCGGGGGUGAACAGCGGCGGCGUUGUCAAUACGAUUGCGGAGUGGGAUGAUCAAGCCCAGGAGUUUGUCAUCACUUCCGCUGAUGUGGGCGCGCAGAAGAACUGGAUUUCCCAGGGCCUGGUUGGCGAAUUGUCCGUGGUGGUGGCUGACCUGCGGGUGGCUGGAAAGAGGUGCGGUGCCCACGCCUUCCUCAUGGAAGUGAGGAGGGAUGGCAAGGUGGUGGAGGGUGUGGAGCUGGGCGACAUGGGCCGCAAGACGGUGGGGAACGACCUUGAUAACGCCUGGAUUGCCUUCCAUGGCGCUCGGGCGCCUUCCUCGGCGCUGCUGAGCCGCUACGGCCACGUCACGCCCGGCCAGGGGGGCACCUAUGUGAGCAAAGUGCAGGGCCUCAGCAACAUGGCGAUGAUUGGCCAGCGGCUCUUCAGCGGUCGCGUGGCCGUGGCCUGGGCCGCGCUCACCUUCACGCGCAAGCUGUUCGAGAUGACCCGCGAGUAUUCAGAUCACAAGAAGUGCUGGGCGCCCAAGGGGAACGCCACCUUGACGCAGGUGCCGCAGCUCAACCAUCUGUACCUCCGCGCGGAGGAGAACUUGUCGCAGCUGGAGGCCUACGUGAGCCGCUGCGAGGCGGAGCUCAGCGCCUGCCUGCAGAAGGAAGAGAUCCCGCCCCCCGCGCUGCAGGAGGCCAUUGCUUGCUGCAAGAUCGCGGCCAGCGAGACCAGCAUUGACCUUUGCUUCCGCCUCAAGCAGGAUGUGGGCUCCCACGCCCUGAUGGGCGCCACCGGCUUUGAGCAGAUGGACUUCCUGCAGGCCUGCAAGUUCGCGGAGGGCGACUCGAGGAUAUUGAUGCAGAAGCUAGCCCGCGACCGCGUGAGGGUGACCAAGCCCCUGGGUAACAGCGAGGAGCAGAAGCUAGCGGCUGACCUGCAGGCAGCCAUGAAGGGCGGGGCCCAGGCCUGGGACGCCAGCUUUGAGAAGGUCUACGACCUCGCCUGGCAGGUUGUCCUUCGCCAUGUCGCAGAGAAGUGUCCAGGUACGGUUCUGCGAAUGCCAUGCGGUUUGUCCAAGUUGUGA